CAGCCUGGGGGGUGGGGGGACUCUCGACCUCGGUGGGUUGAAGGACCUGGGCCCCCAGGAAGAAACUUUCACAGGUGAGAUGGGAGUUGGGCUCCUCUGGGCUUGGAGCUGGGUGGGGAAGAGCUGCUCUGCCUGGGCCUCUCCCACCAGGCCGCCCGUGGGGCUCACCAGAUUAGGCUGGGGCUGGAUGGAAGCUUCCCUCCCCUGGUCAGGUUCCCCACGGGCUCAGUGGAGCAGCUGGAAAGACGGGCAGAGCCCCAUGGCUGGCUCCUCCCACGUCCUGCCCAGGAGGCACUGCACACAGGGACAGGCAGGAGGGUCCUUGAGUGGUGACUGCUUUUUCAGGACAUCCACACGAGCUGGGGACUUUGGUGACUGCAGGUUGCAGAGGGGCAGGAGACAGAAGUGGGGAGAAUGCAGCAGAAAUGGGAGGAACCAGCUGGGCCCUGGAGGUUUCCAUCCAGUUCUGACACUUGCAGGCCUCUACUGCCCUGGUGACAGUCAGCCAGGUUUUCCUGGGGCAGGUUCAGUUGAACCAAAAGGACGGAUGCACAGCAGGUGGGCCUCUGCAGCUCACUCUCACUUCCUGACAGGUUUGUUUUCUGCUUCUAAGUCUCAGCCGCCAGCCACGCAUCCUCUUGCCAGCGGUGGUGAGGCUGGGCUGCCCUUACCUGUGCUGCCCUCACCUGUGCAGACUCAAGGUCAGGGUGUCUGGGUUUCUCCUCUUGUCAGCCGUGCCCCGCUGAUCUCCCCACACUCCCCACGGCUCCUGGCCACACCUCAGUUGGCCCUUGGAGCUGCCGCUGUUGCCCGGCGCGGGAGGUCUUCAGGUCAUUCUACCUGUGCGCAUCACGUAGCUCAGGCCACCUGCACUUGGGGCACGGUGUGUGCUUGCAGAGUGGUUUCCACAAAACCCGAAUUGGGGGAAGUUCUCCAAUUUGGCUUCGCUGCUCAGCAAGACCGGUGGGGGGGGAGGAGAGACUCCUCCCAGUGGCGGAGCCAGGAUUGGCCUUGCAUGCGGUGUCCCCUGGGAGUCCAGGCCUGCCCAGGCCCCUUGCAGAGAGAGAGGCUGUGCUUCUAGGGCAGAAUCAGGCCCAGGCUCAGAAGGAAUCCGUGGCUCAGGAAACUCUAGGGCUUGGUUCACAGGGGCUGAGCAGGAAGGGGUCGGGCCUUGGGACCACCUCACACCCCUCAGCUGCACGGAGAGAAUGCCCAGCCAGCCACUCCCAUCCUUGCCCAGUGUCAGCUGAGGCAGCGCUGGGGCCGUUUCUGCUUUGGGUUUGGAUCAAGGGCAGCAAAGGUCAGGGUGCAGCAGUGUCCGAAUGCCUCAAGGCCCCUUCUUGCUUUGCACGUUACCCUCUCUUCCACCUGCAUCUCCAGGCAUUUGUGUCCAAGUCAUCACAUCAAAAUCAUCGUAGAGCCAAAACUUGUAACCCCAGCCCAGCUCAGAGGUUCCACAGGGCCUAAUGAUGCCAGGGUCGCGCCACAAAGCCCAUUACGUUAGGUUCCCAUGGCUGCUGUAACAAGUGACCGCAAACUGAGGGACGUCAAACAGCAAGAAUUGUUUCUCUCACAGUUUAGGGGGCCUAACAUCCAAAAUGAAGGUGUUAGCAGUGUAGGUUCCUUCUGGAGGCUCUGAGGGGAAAUCUGUUCCACCCCUGGUGGCUCCAGCAAUCUUCAGUGUCCCUUGGCUUGUAGACACGUCACUCCAAUCUCUGCUCUGUCUUCUGGUGGCCUUCUUCUCUGUGCUUGUGUCUCUGUGCCCUCUCCUCUUAUUCGAAUACCAGUCAUUGGAUUCAGGGCCCUCCCUAGUCCGCUAUGACGUCAUCUCAACUUGAUCAUAUCUGCAAAGACCCUAUUUCCAAAUAAGGUCACAUUCACAGGUUCUGGGUGGACGUGAAUUUGGGGUGGGUGCUGCCCAGUAUUGUUCCAUGGGCAGCCCUUCUGUGCUUAGUCAACUCGGGGUACGUCCCAGAGGCAUCCCAGGGUGUAGGCCCCAGAUGGCCAUGGAGUAAACCCCACAGUGAAAGCUAUAGCCUUUCCACAUCUGCUUCUCCUUUAGGUGGUGCAUGGCUUCCUUGGUGAUGAUUCCCCACUCUGGCCGAGAGCAUAAUUGCCUUGGGUCUGGAUCUCUUUGCAGACAUCAAAAGUCUGGCUCAGACCUUGGCUUUUGUAGUUUUAAAGCCCUACAGGUGACUGUGCCACCAGGGCAGUGGCCCGGGGGUCCAGGAAGGGUGAUGGUCUGCUGUACUUGGGGUCCCUAAAGACUGACCUUUAAUGCAGUGUGCUGGCUCCUUUAAUUGUUGGCUGGAUGCAGGCUUGUGAAAUGGCUUGGUGUCUACAAGAGGCAGUUGGCUUAGGAAACAGUCAUUUUUCUGUCUGCCUGUGUAAGGAUUUCUGGGAGGCAUCUCCUUAGCUCUUGCAGCCGGUAGGAUUGGAACUGGGGUCGGCAAAAGAGUUUGUUAUGAGGUUAUGAGAUUGAGGAUGAAGGGGUGGGAAGAGGUGACCGGGGCUCCUCCUGGAAGGCCCCGCUCCCCGUCCUUUCCAGAAAAGUGAGGAUGAGCUUCCUUUCCAGGAAGUCUUUUCACGUCUCAGAGCCCUGCUCGGAUGCGCCGCCGGCCUCGUUCCCUCUCAUCUAAUGGGGUCCUUCGCCAUCUCCUACAGGCCUGCACGGCUCCAGUAACCUGGCUGGAAACCAGCUUUGGGCUUGCUCUUCAGGUAGUGCCACAGUGCGGGAGCCUGGAGUCCCUUAGCCAGCUGAGUGGCUUGGCAGACCUGGGCCGCUUGGGCCGGUUUCUGGAGUCGAGGGUGAAUCCAGGAGCUCUCUGGGCCCAGACGAUAAAGUCUCCCCCGCGGCGUGGGUGGCGAGGCCCAGGGCCACUGUCUCCCAGGAGGGCUGGUCUCUAGCACCAGGUGGAGCAGGGCCCACAGCCAAGGGCACGUGCUGGUUGCCGGGGCAAACAGGCUGGCCUUGGGCACACGCUGAUGGGGGCCGGAUGGCGGCCACUCGGGGAGAAACGCAGUAGGCACUGAGAAACGGCAGCAUCUUCACCAAACGCGUGCUCGGGAAAAGCAAGGCAGAUGAGCUUCCUGUGAGCUGAGUGAGGCCUUGAGUGCACGGGGGCUGGGAUGGGGGUGGUGCUGUGUAAAGAUACUCCUUUCGCAAAGUGUAUAAUCAGUCUGUGUUUCGUAAUCCCGAUUUUCCUAUCGGGCUCACCUGUGUUGCAACACGCAGUUACAGAGUGCCCAGCUCUGCCCCAGGGGACAUAAGGGAGAAGCAAGGCAUGAUCCCUGCCCUCAGGAAGGAGCGCUAGGACACUGGUGCCAGGCAGUGUGGAAGCAGGUUUAAGACUGCGUGGGUCAGGGUGGGCAGAAGGCAUGUAGACUCCCCCGACCCCGACCGACCGCCAGGGGCGUAGCUUAAAGUAAGUCAGCCUCCAUGUGCUUCGGGCAAAUAAUGAACCAAGUAACUGUCACAAGGUGAAAAGCAUUUGGGCAUCUGAAGAGAGAUAACGGGUUCCGAUGAGAGGAUGGGGAGGGGGCCAUGGGGGGCCCUCGAGUUCCUGGGCUUGGUCUUGGACAGUGUUGCUGGAAGGAUGUAUUCUCCAGGGGAGUGACUGGAACCUGGGUUGGGAGAUGGGAAGAGGUGUGUGCAGCGCUUGGAGGCUGUGCUGCGGGCAUGGCACGUGGCUGGGAGGGAGCUCUGCCCACCCCACGUGUUCCUCCCUCUCUGAUCUGAGGACAUGGGGCCAGCCUGCAGCCUGGGGCCUGCUGGGUCCCCUGGAAUCGGUGGUCCUGGCCGCUAGUCCUUGUGCUGCAGAUGGGCUCGGGUCCUGCCGCUCUUCUUUGUCAUCUCAGCUGGGUUGCCCAGAGCAUCCCAUUGCUGCGGGUUUAGACGACUCCCAGGCUUGGGGGUCGGGGGGUGGACGCAGCCACCAUCGCCUGAUGCAGAGCUGCUGAGCCAGUGCCCAAGGGGCUGUGGGAGCAGGUGAACCCCUUGGGUUCCAAAACGGCUAAGAGGUAUGCUUGGAGGACCCCCAGAGGUCUGAAGGAUGGGAAAAAACAGCAGGAAAAAACAAAAGCAUGUGUAUAACUGAAUCACUUUGCUGUACACCUGAAACUGUCACAACGUUGUUAAUCAACUGUGACUCCAAUAUAAAAUAAAAAGUUAAAAAAAAUCAAAAUCAAAAAACAAUAAAAUAAAUAAGUACUAAGGAUGUAAUGUACAAAGUGAUGAGUUUAGCUAACACUGCUGUAUGAUGUAUAAGAAAGUUAAGAGAGCAAAUCCUGAGUUCUCAUCACAAGGAAAACGUUUUUUUUGUUUUUCUUUUAUAUCUAUGAGAUGAUGGAUGUUAGUUGAACAUAUUGUGAUAAUCAUUUCAUAAUACAUCUAAGUCAGAUCAUUAUGCUGUACACCUUAAACUUAUACAGUGCUGUAUGCCAAUUAUAUCAAUAAAACUGGGGGAAAAAAGCAUGAAAGGAGAUAAAGAGAAGGGAGACUAGGGGCAAGGGUGUAAGUGCCACCGAUUCUUCUCCCCAGCCCUGGAGCUCGACUCAGGUGCCUGCCCUGGACACCCCUUCACCCUGCAGUGUGUGUGAGAGUACACACACACCACACACACACAAACAAGGGGCUGAGGGCAAGUGGUCUUGUGGCCAGGAUGGUCUUUCUGGAAAGAGAAAGGCAGACUUAGGAAAUUAAGGUUGAAAGUGUAAAGAACCCUAAAUUAGAGGAUGGAGCUGGGGGAACAUGUACCAGGCAUGGUUAAGUGCAUCAUUUCACAGUGCCAAGGACAGGGACAGGCUGCCUGGGAAAGGUGCGAGAGAGUCUGGGUGCAGAGCAGGCUCGGGGGCAGGAGGGCCCGAGUGGCAGAGUGGGAUUGGACAUCUGGUUUAUCACAUAGUUUGCAUUCCAUCCCGGGGGCCUGAGGAGAGGCAUCGAGAGUGUGUACCUGUGGGUGAUAGCGGGCAUCACCCAGGGAGUUUGCUGAAAGGCAGGUGUCUGAAUUAGCGUCCCAUAUUAGACUGUUGGGGCUCAGGGCGUGGGCAUGGGUAUUUCUCAGACUCUCCAGGUGAUUCUGACACCCACCAAAGUUUGCACAGAGCAGUCGUUUCCAGAGCGGGUACCCAAGACAAUUUGGGUGUGAGAAGAGAACUUUAUAGAUACCUUACUGUACGGAUUGACAGAUGCACUUGUGCAUAGUUUUAAACGAACAGGUAGAUUUUGAGUGCUUGGCUAGGCUUCUGUUUAGUUGCUACAGCGUCCAUAGACU